AUGUGUUAUGUGGGCAAAGCAACAAAGAUCUUUAUUUUCAUAGUGACGGUUCUGGUGGUUAUUGGUCUGAUCUUGGGAUUUGGCCUUCUACGCCAUGGUGUCCAUCACAAGGACCAUAAAUGCUCCGAUGCCUCGUGUCUAUCUCCACCGGCAUUCUUCCCUAAUCCGAAUCCGUAUCCCAAUCCAACUUCAAGCUCUGGCCAAUCUAGCCCAACAACCCCAGAUCCCAGCUCAGGCCAACCAACCCCACCUCAAUCUCAAACUCAAACUUCCCCUCCUCCACCGCAGGACUCAAACCCAGUCCCACCUCCGCCCAACGCUAACCCCGUUUCACAGUCUCCGCCGCCGGCUAGCCCCGACCUAACUCAGCCGCCGCCAUCACAAUCGCCGCCGCCUCCAGCCGUCAUUGUUAGUCCUGGGCCAACAUUCAGUCCUCCGGGUCAGGUCCAGCUGACUCCAGGUCCAGUUAAUGCUUAG